AUGGUAAACAGGCUCUGGUGGAGAUGUCCUCUGAGCUCGAGUUUCACCACGGAGGCAGAUGACAAGGAGGACACCGUCUUAGGAAGUUUGCCACUGCUCAGCUUCCGAGUCGGAGGAGUGGAGCUGUCAGAUAGCAUCACCCGCAAGUUUGCCUUUAAGGUUUGGCAGGAGCACGAUGAGAACGCGAGCGAGGAGUACGAGCUGAGGGGUGCCACUGUGUUCUGCAUGCAGGCCGAGCACCGCGGCACACGCACGUACUACUUCAGCGCCGACAGUCAUGACGACCAGCAGCAGUGGAUCGGAGCCAUGAACCAGGCGGCGGACGUGGAGACAGCGCACAGCUCGGAGACUGGUGGCAUCGCAGCUGAUCCCAGCACCAUGGUAACCAAGGCUCCGGACCCCCAGACGCCACAGAAAGACAGUGACCCUCAGCCCCCCUCUCAGCCUCCCAUACAGACCCCCUCUCACCCCAUUGGGAAUGGAGCGCCAGCCUCUUCUCCGGCUCUGUCCGGCUCCAGGACAGAUAAUAAUAACAGUAUAAAGACUCAGGAGGAGGGAGCAGGGGGGGCUCCUGCCCUCAAACCCCACCCAAACGGCUGGGCCGCUCACAACACAAUCCCCCGGACAAGUGCGGCUCAAAGCCACCACCAGGAGCGGAGUGUCCCCCCCCAAGAGGCCGUGGUCAUGCGCCGGGGCUUUGUGCCUAGGACACCCCCCGAGAGAGUGGCCCAGAGGAGGAGCUCCAUGGCUCAGCUGCAGCAGUGGGUGAACCAGCGGAGGGGCAUGGCCUCCCAGGAAGACCUCCACAGCCCCUCGCGGUACUACACUGUCAACAGAGGGGAGUAUUACGGCUACCCUCCUGACCCGCGUUUCAUGGACGACUUCCCGCUCUACUCUGCCGGAAUGAGACCCGACAGCAUCUGCACUUUGCCAGGAGCGUACGACCAGCGCUGGAGCCUGGAGGACAAGCGGCGCUCGCUCAGAGACGGCCCCCAUCAGCUGUACGGGGCCCCCAUGAUGAGAGACUCCUGGGGCCCGCAGAACUACGGCUUAGAAACCUCCAUGCGGCGCCUGUCCAUGCAGCCGCGGUCUCGCUCUGUUCCCCGCUCGCCCUCUUCCUCCUCCGGGGGGCUGUACUCUCCGGUGCCCCCCAACUACGUGUCCCCCGCCCGCUCGCCCUCCACGCGCUUUGACCACGAGCCCCCGAGGAUGAGGGACGACCACAUCUACGCAGACCCCUCGGUUUACGGUCUGCGGCGGUCUCUCAGCUCGCCCAAGUAUGACUUCCCUGGCAAUAGGAGGUCCCUAAGUCAAGGCCUGUACCACCACAGCUACCCUGUCUCCCCCUCCAUUCACAGUAAAAUGGACGACAUGUUAGACUUCCAGCUCCAGCGCAGUCUGGAUUACCUGGAUCAACAGGUGCCUGCGUUCAACGAUCCCUACAGUCGGGAACUUCACCCCACGUUAAAACUCAAUGAAAUAGAAACAAGUAAACUGCUGGGUCGACUGUGUGAGCAAAACCGCUUUCUGAAGGACCAGGAAUCCCUUGUCCACAGACUAAGAAUGGAUAAGGACAACCUGGAGGAUGCACUUCUGUCCACUCACCAGGAGAUGGAGCUGCACCACCACCAGCCUCUGGCCAUGGAGAAACUUCAGUUUAAGAAGGAGACUCUACAGAACCAGCUCAUAAACAUCAGAGGAGAGCUGUCUCAGGCGUCUAGUGCCUUAACCACGGCACGUAUGGAGUUUGAGGCUCUGGAGGAUGAAGCUAAUGCCAUUCAUGGAGAUUUGUGGGAGCAACUUAACGCUGGAGGCCAGAAUGUCCUUGUUCGUAAUCACAUACAGAAGGAGUUUUGGAGGGUCCAAGAUGUAUUAGAAGCACUUCACAAAAACAACUCAUCCCGAGGAACGAACACAGCCAAGCACAAAGUGAUCAGCAGUGGUACCUUUAGCACCAAUAGUCCUGCCAGUCCUCUAAGCUCCAUAAGCCUGACCAGCCCUCUCAGCCCCUUCUCCCCACUGCCCGGCUCCCAGACCCCCCCAUCCAAACACCCCGAGAACAUGAGUGAUUCUGAGGACCCGUCCCAGGACCGACAAUCCUCCACAAAUAAAGUGGGUGUUGUUCCACCACGGACAAAAUCCCCCACGGAUGAAGUUCCCACCAGAUCUCGAUAUCGAGGAAGAACGCACAACGGAAUCUCAAGAGAACGUCCAAAGAGUGCCAUGUUCCCAGCUGAAGUCAAGUCAAAAAUGAGCGUGGAAGAACAGAACCAGCGACUGAGAAGAAACCUGAGCAAGAGGUCCAGUCUGAACCUGGGAUCCCACAGCUACAAAGUGGUGCCCCGGCGGCUGACAGCUCAUGAGAUUGAUAUAAAAGACCUGGAGGCUGCAGUGCGCGGCGAGGGCCUGGAGUCCCCCAGCGAGGAGAUCGCUCGCCUCAGACGACUACAAGUGGAGCCGGAUCUCUACGACCAGGUGUUGGCGGCUCAGCGACUGCUGGAGGAGGAUGAUUCUGUUCCUCUCAGUCCUGCAGAACAACAGGAAAAGCGGAAGAAACUGGAGCGGAUCAGAACUCUCAUUGCCAAAUCAAAUCUUCAGAAUGUGGUCCCAGUGCUGGACGGUCCCGUGGAUGGAGCGCCCCCUGUCAGCUCACAGCAGCAGUUGCAGGAGCAGGAGAAGCGCAUUGAGAUCUCGUGUGCCUUGGCUGCAGAGGCGUCCCGUCGCAGCCGCAUACUCUCUGCCCGCUGCAUGAGCUCAGCUCAGCUCUUCGUCGCUGCCAAGUUUGACCGAGCAUCUUUCUGA